AGGUCUUCAUCCCGGUCCUCAUCAUUCACGGGUUCUGGCUCUUCCCGCUCUCGAUCUCGUUCACGGUCAUCUUCGAUGAGUUCCUACUCAAGCCACUCUUCUCAGCACAGCUCCUUCAGCGGGAGCCGCUCUAGAUCGGGAUCAUUUUCAUCUUCACCCUCUCCGAGCCCCUCGGCACAAAGAAAUGCUAACAAGAACAAAGCUGAACAGCCUCCUGCUGCAGCAAAAGGCCCCCCGUUGAAGCCUGGUGCUCUGCCACCUCCUCGCAGGGACAAAGGGCCUCCCAAAGUGAUGCCCAGCCCAUCAUUGCCUGAACAGCCAGGGAAACCACCCAAGCCAAUUACAGAGACAGUAAAACCCCCAAACCCCCGUCCACCCGGAAGACCUCCUGGCCCCCGAGAGCCCAGAGAGCCACCCAAUAUGAGAGAAGGACGCAAGAAAGAACGACAGCAGCACAACCCACCUCGCAGGCGAACAGUGAGCGGCAGUGUAAGUGGCAGCAGUUAUUCUGGCUCCAGCUCACGCUCAAGAUCUCGUUCCUCCUCUGCCUCAGCCUCCCGGUCCGGAUCCCACAAGUCUAGGUCUCUUUCGGUCAGCAGUGUGUCGUCGGUCUCCUCAGCCUCCUCCAGCAGUAGUUCGGUCAGGAGUGCCGACUCUGAUGACAUGUAUGCUGAUUUGGCCAGUCCAGUGUCCUCCGCCAGCUCCCGUUCACCCACACCAGGACAUCCUCGCAAGGACAGAGGCCCCCCACGGGAAAGGGGCCCCAACAAAGAGAGAGGUAAACCACCAAAGAAAGACGAGCCUUUCAAAGACGAGCGAAAGAGAGUGGACCCAUCCGGUCUCCCAUCCAAAGCCAGUUCUGACAUGCCUAGAUCUGGAAACCGAGGUCACCCAAUGCAUCCACCGCCCAUGGGUCCUCCAGGAGGAUAUGGCUCUCAUAAGGACAUCAAGCUCACCCUGCUCAACAAGCAGCAAACCGACAGGAGCAAUAGGAAAAGGUACUUUCCUUCUGAUAAAGAGAGACCCCCUUCGCCUCUCCGCAAGAGGAUGGCGAUGUCACCUGAUGGAGGUCGAGACAGGAGAAUGCCUGGACGGCCCCCGAUGUCUCCUAGAAUGGAGCGGCCCAAAGGUCAGGGUCCUCGCCCGAUGCCGUCACAAGGAGAAAGGAAGCGUCCUUUAUCUCCUCCAGCCAAGUCUUCUGGGAAAGGUCCUGCUGCUGCAUCUGCAGCUAAACCUCCUGCACCUGGCGCUGGAUCCGGCUCUGCUUCUGGUUCUGCUCCGGGCAAACCAAGCAGCACCCUUUCACGCCGCGAGGAGCUCCUAAAACAGUUAAAGGCUGUGGAGGACGCCAUAGCCCGCAAACGGGCCAAAAUCCCUGGGAAAUAA